AAUAAGCUUGACAUGUAAUUUCAUUUUUUGUUCAGAAUGGUCGAAAAGUAGUUUGUGGAACUCAGUCUGGUCCAGUACUUCUUUACUCCUGGGGAUAUUUCAAGGACUGCAGCACCUCUGAUUGAACUUGUUCAUUUGGGGCUUAACAGUGACCGUUUCCUUGGACAUCCCAUGUCAGUUGAGACAUUAUUGAAGCUUGACGAGGAUACUUUAAUUUCUGGCUCGGAGGAUGGCAUCAUCAGGUUGGUUGGCAUUCUACCAAACAGAAUAAUUCAGCCAAUUGCAGAGCAUGCAGAAUAUCCAAUUGAGGGCCUUGCCUUUUCGCACGAUAGGAAGUUUCUUGGCAGUAUUUCUCAUGAUCACAUGUUAAAGUUGUGGGAUUUGCCUUCCUUAUUGGGAGACUGGCAAAAUGGUUCGUGUACGAAAGAGGUUUCCAGAGACUCCAGUGAUGAUGAUAUGGAUGUCGAUAUGCCGAUCGAAGAAGAUUCCAAUGAAAACAAUAAGAACAAAGCACACGGGGACAACCUUCUUCUUCUCGUCAUGCAGAUUUUUUUGCCGAUUUAUGAUUAAUUGAGAAUACGAGUUUUUUGGUGAACUUUCUUUCUUGGUUCUGUUCUCCUUUCUUGUGCAAUGAACAAUAGACUUUUCACUUUAUGUAUCUUUUGACCAUUGAUAUUUACCUAGUGAAAUUUUGUUUCCCA